UUUUGCUUGUUCUGUUCAGAAGCUUCUUUACGAGUCAGUUAUGUCUGGACGCGGCAAGCAGGGUGGCAAGGCUCGCGCUAAGGCUAAGACGCGGUCAUCCCGCGCCGGGCUGCAGUUCCCGGUGGGGCGCGUGCACCGCCUGCUCCGCAAGGGCAACUACGCCGAGCGCGUGGGCGCCGGCGCCCCGGUAUACCUGGCGGCGGUGCUGGAGUACCUGACGGCCGAGAUCCUGGAGCUGGCGGGCAACGCGGCCCGCGACAACAAGAAGACGCGCAUCAUCCCGCGCCACCUGCAGCUGGCCAUCCGCAACGACGAGGAGCUCAACAAGCUGCUGGGCAAGGUGACGAUCGCGCAGGGCGGCGUGCUGCCCAACAUCCAGGCCGUGCUGCUGCCCAAGAAGACCGAGAGCCACCACAAGGCCAAGGGCAAGUGAAGCAGUUCAUCAGCGUGUGGCGUUCUUUUACACCCAAAGGCUCUUUUCAGAGCCAUCCA